UGUGCCCACUGUUUCCUCUCAUGUAUCGGGAACGCGCCUGUGAGUAGUACUGCGCGCCUCUCUUCUCACGGUCGAGUGCAUCAGCAUUAUUUAUUACACAGUAGACCCUUGGUGAAGAUGGCGAUGUACUCGGCUCUUCGGUGCGUUUCUUCAAACUUUUGCGCUACUCUGCCAUUAAUAACUAGAUCCACUCAGAUUUCAUCGUGUCAAUAUUUCUUGCGGACCAACUUUCAUCGCACACUGAGCACAACCUCGCGUCUCUCUUCAGCCCUCAAAUUCACAGACAAGCAUGAGUGGGUUCGAGUGGAGGGGGGAAUCGGAACAGUUGGUGUCAGUAGCUAUGCUCAGGAAGCAUUAGGUGAUAUUGUUUACUGUGGUCUGCCUGAGGUUGGGACCCAGCUUGAACAAAUGGAGGAGUUUGGAGCGUUGGAAAGUGUAAAGGCCGCCAGCGAGCUGUACUCUCCGCUCACAGGGGAGGUAACCGAAAUCAACACUGAACUGGCAGACAACCCCGGCCUAGUCAAUUCAGCCUGUUAUGAAGGAGGGUGGUUGAUUAAGAUGACCAUUGGCAGUCCUGGGGAACUUGACGGUUUGAUGGACGAAGACGCAUAUGGCAAAUUUGUAAAAUCACUUGAAACUGAUGACUAAUACUGUUAAGAUGCUACUUUUCUUACUUGAUGUUAAUCAUGAUCAAAAUUUGCAUCUCAUUGGGAAAAUACUAAUGUUUUACUUUUUUCAUUUUAUUUAUUUUGAUUGUGAUUGUUACAAGUAAUCAAACAGUAGUUUACCUCAAAUGUUAACCAAAAAUGUAGGCCUACGCAUAACACUUUAAAAUUAUGUUUCCAAAGGGCUUUAGCCACAGUCCUUUAUGAAAUAGUUGGGACCAGGUUCAUAUGGUUGAUCUUUGUAAGCACGAUUUUCUUUGUGAACAAAGUGACAAUAAAACACAAGUCAGUGAUCAUAAAGA